GGAAGAGGAAAAAUUGAGACGAAAAUAUUUUCUUCUUUACAGUAAUAUUCUGUUACCGCAUUAUGCACACCUGAGAUUCUCGAGACUGCCAAGAGCGACGUAAUCUGAAGGCAGAACACUAUGGUGCAACAUCAUGCCCUGCAUAGCUCACAGGGCUGCAGCACUUUUUCGGAGAGGAUUACAAAUAAAAGAGCUGCAUGCAUAUCCCACACGAGCAGAGGUCGAAGGAGGCAUAUUCCCAUCCAGGGGGUUGUAGCGGAAGGUCCCAUUAUUCUGCCGCAAGAGAAAAAGCUUGCUCUGCCAAAGUACUGUGAGAGCAUCUACCAGACAAUCCGGCGACCAACUCGCACGAUCCACAUUGGCAAGGUGGAGACUGGGAGCGAACACCCAGUCAGGUUGCAGACCAUGACGACCACAGAUACACGCGACGUGGCGGGGACGGUGGAGCAAGUCAAGCGGUGCGUGGAUUCUGGUGCGGAGAUUGUGCGGAUCACAGUACAGGGGAAGAAGGAGGCGGCUGCCUGCAUGGACAUCCGGGAGGCCCUCUUCAAAGAUGGGUAUGAUGUGCCGCUGGUGGCGGACAUCCACUUUCAGCCUCAGGUGGCGAUGAUGGUGGCAGAGGCCUUUGAGAAGAUCCGCAUCAACCCGGGGAACUUCGCCGACGGGCGCAAGACCUUCGAGGUCAUCAAUUAUGACGACCCCGCCCAAUUCAAGGCAGAACAGGAGCACAUCCGUGAGACCUUCACGCCGCUGGUCGAGAAGUGCAAGCGGCUGGGGCGCGCGAUGCGCAUCGGCACCAACCAUGGCUCCCUCUCAGCGCGCAUCCUCUCCUACUAUGGCGACACCCCCCGCGGCAUGGUGGAGAGCGCGUUUGAGUUUGCGGACAUCUGCCGUGACCACGAUUACCACAAUUUCCUCUUCUCCAUGAAGGCAUCCAACCCGCUUGUGAUGGUGCAAGCCUACCGGCUGCUGGCAGAGGAGAUGUAUGCCAAGGGGUGGGACUACCCCCUGCACCUGGGUGUCACUGAGGCGGGAGAGGGCGAGGACGGGCGCAUGAAGAGCGCCAUCGGCAUCGGCGCGCUGCUGAUGGAUGGCCUGGGCGAUACGAUCCGCGUGUCACUCACGGAAGACCCCGAGCUCGAGAUUGUGCCCUGCGGGAAGUUGGCGGGCUUUGGGGAGCGGGCUUGCCGCGAGGGGUUUGGAGUGGACCCAUUUCCGGAGGCGCACCGGGACAUACACACCUUCACGCGGCGCGCGGGGCGGCUGCCGGAGCAGCGGGAAGGGGACCCCGUCGACUUCCGGCCCCUCCUGCACCGCGACGGCUCCGUGCUGUCUGCGGUCACCCUGCAGGAGCUGGAGAAGCCGGAAUUGACCUACCGGAAGCUGGGCGCCAAGCUGGUGGUGGGCAUGCCUUUCAAGGAUCAGGCAACCUCCGACACGCUGCUCCUCCCUGAAGUGCCGGCGUCCUCCGACAAAGAUAAGCGCCGCGCACUCGCCCGCCUGCAGGAGGUGGGCGUGCACGUGAUCGCGCCGGCGGCGGCGCUGGAGGCGGACCCGCUGCAGCAUGCGGUCGCGGCGUUCCCUCUCUCCGAGGCGGCCGCAGCCGUGCGCGCCGGCGGCGUGCGCCUGCCGGAGGGCGCCGGCCGAUUCGCCGUCUCCGUGGACGGCACCGAGCCCGAGGAAGAUGUCGCCGCUCUUCGGGAUUCCGGCGCAGUGCUGGCGCUCCUCAACGUUGCACCGGGCGUCAGCCGCGUGCAUGCGUCCCGCCGCUUCUUCGAGCGGCUGCAGAGCCACGACAUUGACAUCCCCGUCAUCCACCAACGCGUCUUCCCAGCAGGAGUGUCACGCGACGAGCUGGUGCUGACGUCUGGCACUGAGAUCGGCGCGCUCCUCGUGGACGGCUUGGGCGACGGUGUGGCCAUCGAGUGCCCAUCAGAGGACUUGGACUUCCUCCGCACCAUGUCAUUCGGCCUUCUGCAGGGUUCUCGGAUGCGCAACACAAAGACCGAGUACGUCUCCUGCCCCAGCUGCGGCCGCACACUCUUCGACCUUCAGGAGGUCACCGAACAGAUCCGCACGCAGACCGGACACCUGCCGGGUGUCUCCAUCGCCGUCAUGGGCUGCAUUGUGAACGGGCCAGGCGAGAUGGCCGACGCCGAUUUUGGGUACGUCGGCGGGGCGCCAGGAAAGAUCGAUCUUUACGUGGGCAAGGAGGUGGUGAGGAGGGGGAUCCCAAUGGACGGCGCCUGUGACCAGCUUGUUGAGCUGAUCAAGGAGCACGGGCGCUGGAAGGAGCCAGACGCUGAGGAGGAGGAUAUUGAGGCCAUCGCGGAGGAGCGCCUGGAGAAGGGGGCACACCUCGUCUGA